AUGGGAUUGCCCACGUCGGCGUACGCCACCGGAGCGAUGUCGACGAAAUCAUAUAAUGGUAACACUUCCGAACAUUCGGCUGAUCCUUCAUCGUCGAGUUCACCUGGUGUAGCACCAAAUAUGAAUAUUCUGCUCACGAUUCGACUGCUCAUGCAAGGAAAA